CUUCUUUCACCACUUCUUUUAGAAAGAAAAAGCCAGAAGAGACUGUAUCGUGUCACUUGCUUUGCUGCAGGACAUGAAAAGCUGUUUUCCUGUUGAUCUGUCUGUUGGCUCUUGAUUUCCUUGAGCACACUCCUUGUUCAGAAAUAAAGUGAACAGGGAGCCAGACUACACAGCGGCCUGUUUUGAUUUAAGACAGGGCAGGGCACCACCCUCCAUUAGUGAAGAAGCUACCAGAGUCAGCUCUUCUCAAGAAAAGGACUUGGCCACCCUAUGAUGUGCUCCCUCAGUGCAGCAAAUGCCAGCUUCUGCCUGGACUUCUUCAAAGAGCUGAGCAAAGUGAAAAGAAAUGAAAAUAUCGUCUUCUCUCCACUGAGCAUCUCAGUUUCCCUGAGCAUGGUCCAGCUGGGCGCCAGAGGCAACACAGCUGAAGAGAUGAAAAAGGUGCUUCAUAUUCAUGAGGUGCUGAGCACAGCAAGUCCAGGAACCAAGGGCACUACUGGAAAGUGUGAAGAAGCCGGAGGAGCCCAUUCUCAGUUCCAGGAGCUUCUGUCUGCCCUCAGCAAAUCUGGUUCCUCAUGUUCCCUCAGCAUUGCCAAUAGGCUCUUUGGAGAAUUAACUUUUCAGUUCCUUCAGCAAUACUUGGACUCCACAAGGGCCCUGUACCAAGUGGAGCUGAAAGCAGUGAACUUCUUUAACGCUCCUGAAAAGUCCAGAAGGAAGAUUAAUUCCUGGGUGAAAAAACAAACUGGUGGGAAAAUUAAAGACAUGUUCCCUCCUGGCUCUAUCAAUUGCACAACGACACUAGCUCUGGUCAACGCUAUCCACUUCAAAGGACAAUGGGCUACAAAAUUUAAGGAGAAAAACACCAGGAAAAUGCCUUUCAGGCUGAACAAGAGAGAGCACAGGAAUGUACUGAUGAUGCAUCAGACAGGAGAAUAUAAAUUAGCCAGGAGACAAGAAGACCAAAUGACAGUGCUGGAGCUCCCGUACACUGGAAAAGAGUUCAGCAUGUUCAUUCUUCUGCCAGAAAACAUCUGUGAUGAGUCGACUGGCCUUGAACAGCUAGAGACUGCUGUCACCUAUGAGAAAUUAGCAGAGUGGACCAACAUGGAGAACACGUAUCUGCAAGAAAUCACAAUAUACUUGCCCCAGUUCAGACUGGAGGGAAGCUAUGAGCUCAGACCAGUACUGGAAGCUCUGGGGAUGAGGGAUGCCUUCAAUGUUGAACAUGCUGAUUUCUCUGGGCUGUCAAGAAAUCCUGAGCUGUUUCUUUCUGAGGCCAUUCACAAGUCCUUUCUGGAAGUUAAUGAAGAAGGCACUGAGGCAGCUGCUGCUACAGGGUGGUUAGUUGUAGCUGGGUCAUGCAGCAGCAUUCCUUAUGAGUUCAGAGCUGACCACCCAUUCCUCUUCUUGAUCAAACACAAUCCAAGCAAGAACAUUCUCUUCUUUGGCCGAUGUUGUUCCCCCUAACGGUAGAGUUUGUUCUAUUUCUUUCUUCCCAAAGGGAGAACAAUACUAUGGUAGAAAGGAGUAGGGCAUAAACAACAUGUUGCUAUUUAGUGUCACCAGCAUUUCCUGAUAUCCAUAAUCUUGAUCCCAAGAAAAAACACCAAGCUACUUCGGCAAGACUACUGGAAAAAAUACAGUGGGCCUUUCCUCUUUAGAGCUCUUCUCAAACAAGAGAACAAUGCUAAUUUAUCUUAUUUCAUUCUUUAGCCACGAAAACUCUCAUUGGCAUAGUGUUGUCUAAACAGGUGGUUAAAUGCUGUGUAAAUAAGAAGUCUAAAAAGAUGCCUUCCCUUUUCAGCUAUAUGGCAAGGCUGGUCAUGGGGCCAACCUCCAAAAGGUGUUGCAGACCUUCCUCCUCAGCCAACAGGUCCCAAGCCAGAAACAGCUCAGUGCUUAACCCCCUGCUUUUAUAUUACAUGUCUCCAGCAACCCCAUCUCCAGUGCUUUCAAACCACCAUGAGGGGAGGCUCUUGGCUGCCAUGAUAGCAGUGAAACCCACAGGUCAUGUUAAUGUCCGGAAUGCAGCUCUACACAGAAGCUGGGCAUAGAGAUAUGUAGCUGCACUUGUCCCUUACUCUUCUCCUCAGGUACCCUCUCCAACCAUCCCCUUUGGGAAGGACCUCUGAAGCGACAAGAGCCCUUCCUACUGGGGUAGAGACAUAAAAGACAUACAAGGUAUCCCUGGGCAGAGGGAGCUCAUUUUCCCAUUCAGCACAGGUGAGAGAAGUCCUGCUUCUCUCUGGUGGGCCCUGGGUGUUUACAGUCUUUGCCUGGCUGUGAUUUGGAAGUGAACCUUUGCAGGAUGAUGCUGUACCUCUCAAGAGAGUGCAGGCUCAUCAGUGUUGUAUCGUAAGGGGUGCCUAAGAGCACCAGAGCAGUCCCAUUUCCCUGCUAUGCAAGUCCAAACCACGGACACCUUCACAAUGAUGCCACCUGUCUGUCUGACAAAGCCAGGGCAGGUUUCAGGGGGAAUUGAAAAGCCCCGCAGUGAUGUGUUGCCUGACCACAAAAAGUUGGCUGCACCUCCUUUGUCCUCAGCUGUGCCAUGCUUGUGUGUUGUCUCUGGGGAAAGCUGAGUAUUGUUUUCUUGCCUUUUUUCUCUACUGCUGCAAGUGUCAUGUGUAGACAUGUGGUCUGACACGUUGUGUGCCAUGAGUGUGUGUGGUUUUCCAAAGCUUGACAAAUUUACAACAAUGAACUAUAGCUUCGAAGUAAUUUUUGUUAUAAUAGUCCUGUUUAACUAUAAUAGUUUCCUGAACCAUAUAGUGUGGUAUCAAUAAAGUUAUUCAAAGCAUUUAAUUGGUCUGGCUUUUUGAAUCCUGAUUUGAAAGAUGCCUUAGGUACUCAAUACUUUUGAAUAUCUUGCCACAUGUCUUGUCUCUUGCCUGUUGUAUUUCAUACAUUAACUAUAAUCAUCAUGAGGUAUAAUGUACCACCACCAGGAACUUAAAUGUCACCUACAUACAUUUGUCUGCCUUGCCAUUCUAAAAAUAAUAACAGACGUAGAAGGUGGGAUGUAUUUUUUUAGUAUCACUGGGAAACAUUUCAAAGAAAACUCUUCCCUAAAGCUCUGGUGUUUGACAUGUGCCUGAAAAAUCACACUCCUUCAAGACCAUAAGAUGUCUGGUCUUGGAGGAAAACUGGUCCAGGUCUACAAUCUCUCAUCCUUCCAGUUCUACAGCCCUCAGCCUGACGAGUGGGAAAUUAUCUUACUAAACAAUAGAAAGAUGACCACUGAGGGGAAAGGCUUUCUCAAUCCAGAAUUUCAUAAUGAAUGAAAGUGUCUCUAAAAUACUAUGUCCUCCAAAUAAUAUUUUCAGAAUAUAUUGAUGCAAUCAUCUCUUACCUGUACUGAGGUGCACUGAGUGUGUCUUGGAUAGAGUUACUUUCUUCAUGGCAGCCUGUAUGGUGGUCUUUUGGAUUUCUGGCUAACCCAGCAUUGAUAACGCUAAUGUUUUGGAACAGUAACGCUAAUGUUGCGGAACAGUGCCCAAACAGCAUUGAGGCUCUCUCUUUUCCCACUCUGUACCUGUCCUCAGCAAUUAAGUUGGGGGUGGACAAGAAGCUGGGAGGGGACACAGCCAGGACAACUGACCUGAAUUGGCCAAAGGGAUAGUCUAUGCCAUAUUCCAACUGAAAUGAUUCUGUGGUUCUAUAACAUCAUGUCAAUAAUAGAAACUGAGGUAGAGGAAAAAAGGGUGAUUUUUUUCUUUCCUGCUUCAGAGGUGUUUGUUGGUCAGAGACUGGCUGGGCAUUGGCUGCUUGUGUGAGUUGCUGAGUGAUUGGUUUUGCACUGCUUGUUUUUUUUUCCUCUUUCUUCUACCUAUGAAACUGCCUUUAUCUCAACUAACUUUUUUUCCCCGUUUGCUCUUCCUUUUCUCUCCCCCAUCCCUCCAGGGGUGGAGGGAAGAAAGCAAUUGUCUGUGUGGGCACUUGGCUGCUGGCUGGGUUCAACCCACAACACAGGAUUUAGCUGCAGUUUGCUAAAUGUGGUAAUACAAAAGGAAGUAUCUUAAAAUAAAAACAUAUGGCAGUCUUGUUCUGUUUUGUUUUUCUUGUGUGGUAUUCAUAUUCAUAGGUUUCAAUAUUGAUUGUAUUAUACAGAUUGAAAUAGUGAGCAGAGUGUUUUUCAUGUCAAAAUCUACUUCAGGUAAGGCCUCGAGUCAUUAGAUUUGUCUUUUCUGAUUGUCAGUGAUAAGAAUUGUUGUCUAGGUAGAUUUGUGCA